GGAUAACGGCGUCUUGGCGCGGCUACGGGUUCGGCGGGGUUGCGGCGGGGCGCAGUCGCGCCAUGCAGCGGGGCCCGGCGGCUCAACAUCAGCGCUCGCCGUUCGCCAUCCAGGAACUGUUGGGAUUGAGCGAUGCCGGACUGCCUGCUUCUUCUUCCUCCUCCUCGACGCAUCACGGCAACAGCCAGGUGUCCUCGCAUGCGGUCACGGCGGGAUUGCACCCGUCGGUGCUGGGGCACCCGCCGGGGCACUCGCUGGUGCCCCAGGGUCCCCCCAUGCACCAUCCGCCGCCGCACUGCGGCUUCCCCGGUGACAGGCCCGGUGUGUAUCUCGGACACGCGUUCGUGCCGUGUGCACCGUUCCUCCAUGGCUUCGACGGGUCAGGCCACGGCGUGCCACCGGACGUCGCCGGAUACCCCGGGGCGACUGCCACCGACCUUUGCGACGAGGGAUCCUCUCUUGCCAGGAAGAAGAAGAAGAAGCGUAGGCACCGGACCAUCUUCACGAGCUUCCAGCUGGAGGAGCUGGAGAAGGCGUUCAAGGAGGCCCACUACCCGGACGUGUACGCACGCGAGAUGCUAUCGCUCAAGACGGACCUGCCCGAGGACCGUAUACAGGUGUGGUUCCAGAACCGGCGCGCCAAGUGGCGCAAGACGGAGAAAUGCUGGGGCAAGUCGACCAUCAUGGCCGAGUACGGCCUGUAUGGCGCCAUGGUGCGCCACUCGCUGCCGCUGCCGGAGUCUAUCCUGCGAAGCGCCAAGGAGAGCGGUGACGACGUCUCCUCGUGCGCGCCCUGGCUGCUCGGCAUGCACCGCAAGUCUCUCGAAGCGGCCGAGAAGCUCAAGGGACAGGAUUGUGGCGGCAGCGACAGCACGGCCCCAUCCUCGCCUCCACCUCCUCCUUCGUCUGCGCCGUCGUCCAAGGCGCUGACGGGCGCGGGCGGCCACGCAAGGACUGGCCGGGACACGGCCAGUCCCCAGGCGCUGUCGUCGACGCCACCGUCGUCGGCGCCAUCGUCGCCGCCCGCUGCUCCUCCGACGUCAACGACGUCGUCCAGACCGAGCCCUCCUCCUCCGGGGACGCCAUCUGCCCUCUCGCCGGCAGGCUCAGCGACGGCGUCCGGCGGCGCCGUGAGCCAGGACCUGCGGACGCACAGCAUCGCGGCGCUGCGGCUGCGGGCGCGCGAGCACAGCGCCCGGCUGCAGCACUCCAUCGACGCCCUGUUCGCGUGACCGCGCUCACCUGUCCCACACACCCCGGGGGAGAAAGCGCGGCGUCGCCUCACCUGGCGCCAUGAGUCAGUCGGUCAGGGCGCCGAUUGAAUUAGCGCCACGGACCACGACCGACCGACCGAAACCCCCGCUCCGAGAAAGGAGGGAGAGAUCUCGCAGAGACAAUGGCGGUGAGAGAGAGGCAUCCGCGGAGGCGAUGGAGAUCUCUCCCCCGGGAAGGGAGAGUGCGCAGAGAGAACGCAACCGACAGCGAGAGAAAAGAGGCUUCGUGGAUUCACCGGACACCCCCCUUUCACUCCCAACGUGGAGAGAGAGAGAGCAUGAAAAAAAAAAAAAAAAAUGGAGUCGAGCGCAUCUCCUGCACCCCGAUGACGAUCUGGUAGCGGCCGCACGCUGAUUGGAUUAGGCGCCGCCGCAGAGCGGUCCGUGUGGCCAGCCGCACUCACCCCCGGCGCGACGACGGCGACGAAGACGGCGGCGGGUGUGGGGGGGCUGCCGCCCGCUCGGCAAGGCAGGGCGCAGUCCAUCCGCAGCGGCCUCCAAAUCGCGUUAGGCCUAACGAUGACGGACGACCCUCGGCUUGGCCGCCGCCGCGCGCGAGAGGGUCCAUCCGACAGCGGUUGCGCUUCACUUGGCCGCGACUAGCGGCCCGCUGCUUUUGUUUCUGAAGCGAGACCCCCUCCCCGCCACCCUGUGCAGUAUAAUAGUACGAACCACAACCACUCGCCCUCGUCUGAUAGUAUAGAGUGUAAGCGCAGGUGGCGAUAGUACGCGACUGUUCCUUUGUCGCACACAGUGAAUGCGUCUGUUUUAUCGCGUCUGCUUUGUGACAUCUUUCAUUUCGCUCUUGCGAGCCUCGCUGUUGGCACCUCAUCUGUUCCCUUACACCUUAUGACGGUGGUAUACCCGCUGCUCCGGAGAGACAACUGAGCCCUUCUAUACGCGAUCGUUAUUGCGCGAACCGCUGUCCCGCCGCAUAUAAGGGCACGCUGCGAAGCGCCGCCGCCUAAAAAAGGCUAACUGACUUCCCGGGUUGAGCGCGUGGGCGAGGAGGUGGUCCCCCGCAGUCCCGGGCGUGCUGGCCGGCCCGGCAGCCGCUGACGGGACGUCCCGGGGGAAGGCCGGCGGACGGCGGCUCGCACCAUUAGCCACUGCGUCGAAGACGAGCGCGCGGGCUUUCAAUUAGCGAGAAACGUUGUUUUCACUCGACGAAGGCGAACGCUGAUGGAUGGACCAGCGCGGAUCAUGAACUCCAGGGAGAUGGGCGGACUAGAUGGCCACCGAUACGUCAUAUAUACUAUGUACUGCAAGAAAUACAGCGCGCAGAGAGACGACGAGUAAGGAAGACCGUAUAGCUGAACUAUUAUAUGUAGCUGUACGGGAUUUUGUUUUAGAAAAAUCAAAAUGCAUUGUACGCCUCGAUCACCGGAAGACACGUAUACCAUGAAUUUCGUGCCGGACGUGUCGACGCGGAUAAGCUGUGGACUCCUACAUGCAUGUAGGUAUAUCUGUGGGCAUCAAUGCACAACAAGUGUUGGUGAAAUGGCGCUCGGCUGUGCGCGCCGUGGGACUCAUUCAUACAGGGUGGCCUCGCGGUUGCAACCCAGACUGCGCUUCCGGCUGCUCCAUCGUGUGGAACUCCUCCUAGCCUUCCCUUGUGAAAAAAAAUAAUAAUAAUCUAGAUAGCCAAGUUAGUCCUCCACAGCAGCGCAGUCUGUAGACAUGUUGUUUUGGCUGUCAAACCAGUUCGAUCGGUCAAGUCUGAGUUACCAAUGUGUCAAGAGGUCAGUGCUUACGACUUGUACCUUCAUGUUAUCUUUCUGGGCGCUGUAGGUCUUUUAGUACAUCGUAAAAUAAUUUACACCCUUAAGGGUGCAUAAGAGUGUAAAGCGGUCUAUAACUCACACUCUUGCGGGUGUGAGGGCGUGAUUUAUAUACCGAUAUUUACACCCUUGUGAAUUAGUUUACAGAGUAUGAAGUAUCUGUUGUUCCAGCCUCUACGUCGUUGCGUCAAUCGUAAAGCAAAGCGCGCUGAGAACGAAGCUGAAGAAAAAAACAAGGAUCGUUAUAUUGACGUGGAAUGCAACCGCGGUUGCAAGAAAGUGCGGGUUCAGGUGUUUUCGGACGCAUACUUGUUCCACACGAAAGAAUACGAACCGUAUGCACCAUCACACAUGACACAUUCUGUCAGAGAGAAAAGCAGCACAAGUUGCAUAAACUUCAUGCGCUGCAUUAUCAGUUAAACUUCUCAACAGCCCCCCCCCCCCCCCCCCCGACCGGCAUAUACGCGCAUAUACUACCAAAUAAUGCUUGCAGUUGUAUCUGAAUAUCUGUGGUAAGGGUGGGAGUCGGUCAGCCACGAUAAUGAUCAGUGCGAUAGCGAAGUUUGCACUUACUCCCCCCGUCCCAAAAGUAUAAUAAUGAUGUCACGUAAUGAAAAGGCAUUGAAUCCACCUCCGUGUGCCGAAAUGUCUGUGUACCAGAAAGCAUGUGAACAUGGAACGAAUGCAUGCGCAAGAUCCGCGCAUGCAAUAGACUGUUCAGCAUAGCCAAGAUCACUCAAAUGCUCGUUCGUACGAAGAGUUUCUGACGGGAGGAUACACCGGCAGGAACAUUCACAGUUUCCGCCAAUCCUCCACUUUCUCCGAGCGACGCUUGUCGUGCUCCUCUCGUGAUUUGUACACAGAAAAAUUGUUAAAGCUGGGGCAGAAAUGACGUCUUAGUUUAUCCAUAUACAGUGAGACUGAUAAAUGGUAGGCGGGACCACAACUCGCUCAUUCCCGCCGCAGACCCGUGCUUCCUGCGCGGGCGAGCAUCCUUGGAGGUCGCGGUCAGAUGGUCUACUCGAUCAGAACUGUUGACGCGGCUUUUGUGGGAUUUUCCUCAACGAUCGAGACAUGAGGAAUGGUACGUCUGUGUGGAAAGAGUGCACCAAAGUUCAUCAAAAGCCUACAGAGGCUCACCUUGAAGUCGCUAUAGGUCGGUCGUGGUCUCCAAACAAGCUUAAUUAAAACAAUGUAAAAUAAAAAAAAAACAGCUUCGACUUGUGUCGCAGUUUGUGUGGACUGCCGCUUGAGCAGAGAUAGUCUUAUCUGUACUAAAGCAGACGACUUUCCAUUUCAUAUGGCGGCGUCUCUAACAAUUAACCUCUAUAACAACCCGUACGAUGGUUCGGUACGCAAGGCUCCGUUUUGCAUAUCUGUUGCGCACCUUACCGGUCAAAGCAACAACUGUAAACGCACAGCUGAAGACGUCGAAAUGCAAAGCCGACGACAAGUCCCUGUAUGCAGACGACACAUCUGAGCAAAGCAGACGACAGUGCCCACGGCUAGGUGACUUGUGUGCCGAGACGUGACCAUGGACGACGUCCCGGUGAACUGUCGCGCGUUGCGACGGUGUGUGUGGAACUCAUCGCGGUGCUUCCGCAAAGACUUGAACUCCGCGCUAUAACGUGAUCGGCGCAGCGUACUCCAACGCAAAAUUAAUGCUCACAGAACUCAGAUUGGUCUGGAGCCGCUGUCACGAUGUGAGAAGCGGGGUAGCCUGUCCCUUAGCUGUUGUUGUGCGUGUUUGUGUGUGCGUGUGUGGGAAAUGUUGGGGUGACUGUGAAAGA